ACAUUACUAGACAGAUAGUGAAUCACCGGAAGGAAUUUGACUGAAAGGUAGGACACGUGCAUUGGUAAUCAUAUGACCGGUAUGAGUUAUCAUUGUUAAUAGCAAAAAAGCAGUUGGCGGUAGUGAAGUGACAUGAUUACGCGGCUAGUUCCAAAUAAAAAUUUUAAGUAAGUCGGACGGCAAUGCGAACACGCCGUAGCGGACGGGCAAUGAUGUAUAUGUAGUGUACAGUUAUUGACAAAUUUUAACUAUUUUGUUAUUACAAACAGGUAGUGCAUUUAUUGAUGUAUAUAUUUUUAAAUUAUUCUGCCAUUCUACUUAUAAAAAUCAAUUGAUUAAAAAUAUAAUGUCAACAAGAAUAGGAACUAAGCGAACACUUUCGUCCAAAAUUAAUAAUAAUAAGGAUACAAUUGAUACAAAAAAAUCUAAAAAAUUUAGAAAACAUCUCACUAUAGAAUCUCAUUCUGAUGUAAAAGAAGAAAAUGGUCCAAAAUGGCAACCUCCAAAUUGGCAGCAGGUUAUUGAUCAAAUCAGAAUUAUGCGCAAAGAAUAUCCUGCUGCUGUUGAUGAAAUGGGAUGUGACCAAGCUGCAGAUAAGAAUGAAGCUCCUAAAGUUAUUAGAUUCCAUAUAUUGGUGUCUUUAAUGUUAUCGAGUCAAACUAAAGAUGAAAUUAAUUAUGCAGCAAUGCAACGUUUAAAACAACAUGGACUAACAAUAGAUAAUAUUCUAAAAACAUCUGAUGAACAGUUAGGGAAACUUAUUUAUCCUGUUGGAUUCUGGAAAAGAAAGGUAGAUUAUAUCAAACGCACCACUCAGUUAUUGAAAGAUCGUUAUAAUAGUGAUAUACCCAAUACUAUAAAAGGCUUAUGUGAACUUCCUGGAGUUGGACCUAAAAUGGCUCAUCUUUGUAUGAGUUGUGCAUGGGAUGAGGUCACUGGAAUUGGUGUUGAUACUCAUGUUCAUAGAAUAAGUAAUAGGUUGGGCUGGGUUAAGAAAAAUACAAAAACUCCAGAAAAAACACGUGAAGAAUUAGAAGCUUGGCUGCCUCAAGAUCUUUGGCGUGAAGUAAACCACAUGUUAGUCGGAUUUGGACAAACAAUUUGUCGCCCAGUAAGACCUCACUGUGUAUCAUGUUUAUGUAAAGAUUUAUGUCCUUCAGUUCAACUUAAAUGUUCACCUAUUAAAAAAAAUUAGUGUCUUAUUAAAUUUUUGAAUGAUAGAAAGAGGAAACAUUUAUUAUAAAAAUAAUAAUUAAUGAAUAGGUAGUUAUUAAUUACAAUUUAUGUUUAUUAAUCUGUAAGUUGUUUGUUUUUUUUUUAUAUUUAUUUAAUACUUAAUUUAGUUGUUCAUUAAUUUUAGUUAUUUUGUUUAUUUUUGUAUUGAGUCAAUUAAUUUAUUUUAAGAAAAAUUCAUUUUUUUUCAUUGUUAAUACAGAAUAUUUUUUAUAAAUUAUAACCUUUAUUUUGAUUUAAUAAAAAAUUUUUCCUUAA